CGAAUUCAACACCAAAACAUCCCGUUUCAACUUAAUAGAUACUUUUUUUUUUGUUAAGUUUUUUUUUUGUUUAAGAUAAAAUUAGUUGAUGCAGUUUUUUUGGUUCUUUUAUUGGCUUUUCUUCUCCGAAAAGAACUUUCUCUCUCUCUUCGCCCGGCUUGACGUCGUCGUCGUUCUUCGAUAUUUCCGACGCUGAAUGAUAUUGAUCGUGAGCGGCAGCGGCGAGAUUAUGCACUCGAUCUGUUGAUUAAUUUAUUUGUUUCAUUUCACGCGAAUCAAUUGAAAUUGAAAGAUCGUCGAUAUUGUCAGAAAUCGAUCUCCGGAAAAAGUGGAAAAAUCGAUUCCGAAAAAAAGAGUUUCGAAUGCGUUUUUGAAUAUCAAGUGCAAAUAGCAAAAAAUAUAAAAUUUGAGUUUUUUAAAAGUGCGUUCGAAAACAGGAAACAAAAAAAUAAGCAACUCGUGUGUAUUAACGGUAAAUGCACAACAAAAGCUCCCACACCAAAUGUUUAUAGAGGUGUUACGAAAAUAAAAAAGGCCGUGCCAAAACCAAAUUAUGUCUUCCUACAGAAGUUAUGUUCCGUGGAAAUCAAAUUUACAAACGUCAUACAAGUCAGGCUCUUCAAGUGCUUACUCAUCAAGAGACGAUAUAAAUGGUUCCCGUUUCGGAUCACUAACAACACCAACAUCAUACAGACCAUCAUUUUCCGGUGGUACAUAUCGAGUUAAACGUGACACCACUCCAGUAACAUCACCAUACGUUAGUCGUUACUCCACCACCAGCACAACUCCAACAACAACCAAAGAUGAAAAAGACAAACCUACCAAAGAUACCACUAGCAAUGUGUCACAACAAAAAUAUCUCGGUGCUUCAUCAUCGUCAAACCUCAAAGAUAACUCGACUAAUCUCAAAGUUUCACCCGGUCGAUAUUCAACUUCUACCAGUAAUCUCACAAAAUAUGGUCGUCGUUCAAGAGAUCCUAGUCCCGCCCAAGAAACCCUCCGUUCAACAUCAAGCCUCGCCGCCACACGCAUCAAAAGCCGCGAACCAAGUCCGGCUGCCCGAACGUUGAGAGGCAAAUCAAGAGAUCCUAGUCCGGCUAUUGACUCUAAAUCCAAACUAGGUUCAAGUUAUGGUUCUUCUUCCUACAGAAUGUCAAGUAGUAGAAAUCCAUCAACGUCACCCGGUUACACUCCAAGAUAUGGAAAUACUACAUCAAUAUCAUAUCUCUCUGCGAGUGAUUUUCGAGCCCGUUCUGUAAGUCGUGCCAAGGAAAUCGCCGAAAGAAAAUCCCAUGACAAAGAAGGCGAAAAAGAAGCUACUACAAUAAAAGUUAAAGAAGUAUUGGAAACUUCUGAAUCAAAAGAAACUACUCCCGAAGAUGAGGGAGAUGAAGAAGAAGAAAAUGAAGAAGAAGAAGAGGAGGAAGAAGAAGAAGAAUCCGAAAGUUCUUCGGAAGAAGUUUUUGUACCAGUUUCGGUGUGUACGAGGGGAACUUCUCCAACUCCACCAAGUUCUUCAACUGUUGUUAGAAUGAGAAGGAACGAAUUAGCAAAAACUAUUGAAAAAACUAUCAAAAGGUCUUCCAAGAGACCGAAGACCUUAGAAAAAGGUAUUCAAUCUGAUCGAAUGGAUGAUUCUACGAGGUACUCUAGGUUCGGGCUAAGCAGCAGAAUGUCCUACAGUCCCCAUGAAAGUCGUUAUACUCCAAGCCUACGGUACAGCUCAAGUGUAAGUCCGUUGGUAAAAAGUAGUCGAAGUAGAUCCCGGUCAGAUAUUAGCGACAGAAAAGAUGACUCAAAGAGUAAAAGUCCAGAGACUAAAUCAAGCGUGUCUCCAAAGUCUAAGCUCUCUCCACCAAAAAAUAUCCGCAUGAAUUCAAGACAAGCUUCGGUGGAGAAUCUUUCUCUAGGGUCAAAAAGCUCCCCCGAAGCUGAAGGUGUGGUAAAAACCAGCAUCACAGUGGCCAAACUUCCCAACAAAGACUUCCGAAAGUCAGCUUUAAACGUCGGUCCUACAGACCGGCCCCGAAAAUCCCGUACUCCCAGCACAAGCACCGACUCCGAUGACAAAUUGGAGGCUAAGAAAGUUCAACCUCCCACCGGAACUACCCAAUUUAUCAUCCGACAAGAGAAAUCUCCUAGCAGCAGCGGUUCCGAAACUAGCUCUGCUUCCACAAAAACAAGCCUAAAGAAGAAGCUUCUCAAUGGAGAGUCAAAAAUCCGGCAACGCUGUCAUCCCGCCAAAUCAGCAACGUCAUCAUCGUCACCAAUUUCAUCAUCACCCUCUCCCAGCGCUCUUUCGAAUUCAAAGAUAAAUGUCAACAUGGCUUCGGAAAGCUCUUCCGAUAAUAGAAAGCUAAUAAAUAAAAUGUCGGAAUUGACAACUACAACAACCGCCGCCAUCAUUAUUCAGCAAAGAGAAACAGGUGCUCUUGAUGCUUCACUAAAGAAUUUAUCCCAAAAUAAAUACGAACAACCACCUCCGCCGACAGCUGAUAAUGACGAUAUAUUAGAGACUUUUGCUACAAACAAAGGGUACAAAAUUGGCACACCUGAGUCAUUUAAUUCACCUCAAGCGAUAAAAGCUUCUAAAAAAGAGAAGCGUGACGAUGAUGACGUGAGCGCCAAAUCAAAUCUCCUUGAGAAAUUAGGUUCUAUAUCGAAUUUUUUUGCUGCUCGUCAACACGACGUAAAUAGCGACGAACCGAUUUAUGUGGAUCGUCGAAGCAGUGAGAGUACUAGCGGCGAUAGUAUCUCGAGCGAUUUGAAACAGAAAGUUUCAUUAACGACAACGACGGCGACGACGGUUCCGCUGAAAAAUCAUCGCGAAAAUUCGAUUGACCUUAAUAAUAUAACAACGACUUCAACAACGACAACUUCUUCACCAAGUACGGUAUCCAUAACGGCGCCACCAAGAUAA